UUUUUUCUGAAACUACGGUCGAAAGAACGCACAGAUCAGUUUUAGGAGAGUUGCAACUGAAAGAGAGAAAAUAAUAGGUUUACUCGAAUUUGAAAAUAUUAUAAAAAGUAAAACAUGUCUUUAAGUAAUGAACGAAAAGGAUCGCUUUUACUGCGGUCAGAUCACAUGGAUUACAGCAGACCUAUUCUGGUUUCAAACUGGCACAAGAACCGAGAAGCUGAACCGAAAGACUACGAUGUCACAGCACAUCCUACAGGAGAGAAAGAUUUACACCAGUCUACUUACAAACAUUUUGCAAAUGCUUUAGAUUCUGGCUGGGAUACCACCACUGAGGACCUACAGUCUCAGUUCCAUUUAAAGAAAUGUUACGAAGUUAAAGAGACCCCCAAACCAAUGCUAAAUGCAGACAGUUUUCAUUUGGCAAACUUCAACAGGGAAACAUGCUGGCCUAAAACUGGUUUUGAAGCAGUAUUACCAAGUCAUCACCCAGGACACUGCAAGAUAGAUAUGACCACAACAUAUUCCAUCGAAUACCAAUCUCCAUACUAUUGCAGGACACCGCCUCCUGGGCCACCUGACUACUCUCGUGCUUACAAGAGAUGCCAUUCCCAGUUCACAGACACAGCGGACUGUCGUAGAAAUGGCAGAAACACUUGGCAGGAUGAGAGCGGCGUUUACGCCAACAGAGGAAUAAAGAGCAAAGUCUUCCAGCCCAGAAAUCCAAUAACGCCACAGGAGUAAUUAUCUCAUUAAAAUAUGUACCUCUAUUCCUACUGUUAUUACAUUUAUUGAAAGUGUAAUUCUAAAAAUAAAUUACUUGUGCCUGGUUAUGUGUGUUUGUUUCUAU